CGUCAGCUACUUACCUCCCAGUGGAUCAUCUCAAUCAAGUCCUGAUAGUGAUUCUGGUUCAGCUUCUGCCAAUGGAGAUGGGUGGGCCGAAAGGAAGUGGCUGGUAUCUGAAUCAAGACUCCUUCAACUUUUUGUAAAAUGUACAGUAUGAGGUGUAGCUCUUGCAGACACGACGACCACAACUCAUUCAAGCCAAAUCAAAAUUCAGUGGAUCUGCCUGAAUAAUCACUCCGGUACAUGGGCUUCCUGUCCUGAUCGGCGAGGGAUGGCUGAAAAUAACCUCCUCAUCAGCGCAUCCAUACUUUUCACUGGGGCUUCGCACACAACCCUACUGGACUGGGCUAAUCUUCUACACACACCAAUCCCCAAGAAUACACAGUUCUACAAGAUGCAAGAGGUCUACAUCAUACCGACUGUACAACAGGCCUACAGAGACCAGCACGAAGAAAUAAUCAAACGUCUCCUGGAACAUUGUGCAUCGGGCCAUACAAUUGACCUCAGUGGUGAUGCAAGAUGUGACAGCCCCAGUUUCAGUAGCAAGUAUUGCACUUACAGCUUUCUUGAUGACGCCACAAAAGAAAUUGUGCACUUUGAGUUGGUCCAGGUCACCGAGGCAUCCAGUUCUGUUGCAAUGGAGCUGACAGGGUUCCAGAGGGGACUUGAUUAUUUACUGGAGAGGGGACUGAAAGUUGGUGUUGUGACAACUGACAGAUCGCCGUCAGUUCGCAAAUUCAUGAGGGAGAACUACAGCAGCAUUCAACACGAAUUUGACAUUUGGCACGUCGCGAAAGGUGUGAAGAAAAAGCUGAUGGCCAUUUCAAGCAAGAAGGACACCAAACCCCUUGAGGAAUGGAUAAAAUCCAUUACAAAUCAUUUGUACUAUUCAUGUGGCUCAUCCAAGGGAGAUAAAGAGGUCUGCGUUGGUCGUUGGACGUCUCUCCUCAACCACAUCAGCGGAAUUCACAGAUGGGAAGAUGGUGAUUCCGAAUACACUUGCCAACAUCCACCACUAACUGAGGACCAGCAGAGGCGCAAGAAGUGGCUGGACAAAAACUCGCCUGCUUUUCUUGGACUGCAGUCAGUAGUCAUGGAUAAAAACCUCCAAAGAGACCUGAAUCAAAUGGCGCUCUGCAAGCUCACAGGAUCUCUGGAGGUGUACCAUUCCUCGAUGCUAAAAUAUGCGCAGAAACGGGUGCAUUACGGCUACGACGGCAUGAGGGCCCGCACCCAACUUGCUAUCCUGGACCAUAACGCCAAUGUUGAGCGACCACAGGCAACAACAAAAAAGGGGGAACUUAGGCACAGAUUUGUCUAUCCAAAGCAGAGCGACCAUUGGGUUGCCAAGCCCAUCUACAGAAAGACGCAACAGGCAUUCCGUGACGACCUCAUGCAGCGUGUCUUGGACAGGAGACACAACCGUCAUAUUCUCAGAACCUCCUCGUCCAGCACGGCCUCGGAGGUUGCUCCACAACAUCGCCCCAGUGCCAAGACCUGA